AUGGCUGGGCGGCGGCCCGGUGGCAAAGCGGUGGCCGGCCGAAAAAAAGGGUCGGGCGGGCCGAUGGUCGGGGCUGAGUGCAGAGAGUUGAGCGAGGAGCUGGUGGAGGGCCGCAGGCUGAGCGGCGGGGGCCAAGCGGAGGGCAGCAGUCUGAGUGGCGGGAGCCAGGGUGGAGGCCGCAUGCAAGCGGGGGCUGCAGGUGGUGGCGGCGGCGCAGGGAGUAGCGGUGGCCGGGGAGGCGGUGCUGUCGGGAAGCGGCGACCGGGGACUGAGUGGUGCCGGAGGCUGCAGGGAGGCCGAUAG